AUGACCCCCCUUCACACCCUAUCACAUCCCGCUAACCCGAUUCCCAUGUCCUCACCACCAAAAAACACUCCAACCCUACCAACUCCAUCCCAAAUUUCCCCUUUUUCAAGACUUUCACACCUCUCCCCAGUCCCCACCCACCCAUUAAUUCCAACCCUAACCCCGAAUUCUAAAAACCGGGUAACCUUCCCACUCCUACUCAAAUCGAACCAAACCUCCUCAAAUCACUUCCAUCCACCCAUCCCCAUCCACCUGCCUAGCCAAAAAAUCAUGGCUAAAAAAGCGAAAUCCCGAAACAUCGUCGUACGAUUGAUAUCCAUGGCCAUGACCGGAUACUUCAAGUCGUUUGUGCGCCCCCGCACGCAUAAGCCCUUGAGCAUGAUAAAGUAUGAUCCUGUUGUUAAGCGACGGGUGUUGUUUUUAGAACAGAAGAGGGGGAAGAAUCGGUAGAUUGGGGGUUUGGAGGGGUUCCGUGGUAUGGUGGGUGUGUAUAUAGAUUGUCCGGGAUAGAUUUCUCCGUGCGAUGGUGGGGCUUUGUUCGAUUGAUGCUUGGGGUCACUUGAGUUUCGGGUGCCAGCCAUCAGAGUAGUGGUCCUCGCCUUCAAAACAUUUACCUCUUGGUGCCCAGGACAGUGGAGCUACCAAUAUAUAGCUAAGAGGUUCAGAUCAAUUCCACUAAACUGCAACCUCAACAUGUAAACGCAGCCAAUACAAGCGUCAGACAUCCGCUGCGUAAAAUCUCAAAGAAGCAAGACCA